UUCCUUUCCGGAACACCCCGCCCGCCGCUCUCUAGAACCGAAUUCGGCCACGCCACGUCUUGGGGGCUGCUCCCACUGGUCUCCGCCUCCUGUGCCUGUCUCCGCCGCCUGUCGCGGCUUCCCCCUCCACAUCCUCGCGGAGCCGGAGCCGAAGCCGGGGCCGGCCGCGUAUCACGGGGGCGGGCGGGAGGGCGGGGAAUCGGCGACGCUGCUGGUUCAGCGAGCCGGAGCUGCGAAAAUGUCGGAUCUGGGGGACUGGUUUAGGAGUAUCCCGGUCAUCACGCGGUACUGGUUCGCCGGCGCCAUCGUAGUGCCCUUCGUCGGCAAACUUGGCCUCAUCAAUGCAAGCUACUUCUUACUCUGGCCUGAUGCUUUCCUGUACCACUUCCAGAUAUGGAGGCCAAUCACUGCAACAUUUUUUUUCCCAGUUGGCCCAGGAACCGGAUUUCUCUACUUGGUGAAUUUAUAUUUCUUAUACCAGUAUUCUACAAGACUAGAAACAGGGGCUUUUGAUGGAAGGCCAGCGGACUAUAUGUUCAUGCUCCUUUUUAACUGGGUUUGCAUCGUUAUCACUGGUUUAAUAAUGGACAUGCAGUUGCUGAUGAUUCCUUUGAUCAUGUCGGUACUCUAUGUCUGGGCCCAGCUGAACAGAGAAAUGAUUGUAUCAUUUUGGUUUGGAACACGAUUUAAGGCCUGUUACUUGCCUUGGGUCAUACUGGUAUUCAACUACAUUAUUGGAGGAUCGGUUAUCAAUGAGCUGAUAGGAAAUCUUGUUGGACAUCUAUAUUACUUCUUAAUGUUCAAAUACCCAAUGGAUUUGGGAGGAAGAACUUUUCUGUCUACACCUCAGUGUCUGUACCGGUGGCUUCCUAGUAGGAGAGGAAACAUCUCUGGAUUUGGUGUUCCACCUGCGAGCAUGCGGCGAGCUGCAGAACAUCAGCUCGGUGGAGGUGGUCGGCACAACUGGGGCCAGGGCUUCCGACUAGGAGAUCAGUGAAAAGCUCACUCGAGUUCAGCAAACAGUGAUCCUGGUGUGGGUUGUGCUUAAGACUUGUGUUUUAUCUAAUGCUGGUGAAUCUGGCCCUGCAGAAUGUCAUUUUUUCAGUACAAGACAAAUUGUUAAAAGUCCUGAAGAGAAAUGUUAAAUUUCCCUCCAAAUUAGUGAUCACGCUGUACUCUUACUAUUCUGAAGAAAGAAACAUCAACUCUGCAUCUUUCAAAACCAGCUGCUGUUUUUGUGUCUUCUCUUCCCCCUUCCCCUUUUCUGAACAGGGGGUACUCUGGUCCAAGUUUGAAUAGCUCUGUAGAUUUUUGUUUCUGUGGCAAUGUAACCAAAACUUUGUCAAGACACUGAUUCUAAGGAAAAUCCUCCCACCCCCAACCCCCACUCCUCUCCCCACCCUACCAAAAGUGCCAUCACCCUUUGAAAUUUAGAGAAAGUCGUUCAUUUAGUGAUGCUGCCUUUAUGGUGAGCUCUCUUACCUUACAAUACUGACUCUUGGGGUUGGCUUGAGUGCCAGGAGCUAUUGUGGAAGGACAGUUUUCCUUGCCUGUGGUGGCAGAAAGGAAUAGAGGCCAUCAGAACUUGAGAGAGAAGAUGGGGAGAAGAUUGGCUGAGAGUGGAAGAAGAGAUAAGGACAGAAGCUGGCUUUGGCCCUGCCUCUUAGCAUGUUGGGUGUUGGAAGAGGCCCAGCACUGACCCCUCUGCAGGUAUUCCUGCAGAGCUGCAGCCAGACCUAACCUGUGACCAUUUGCCACACUUCUCUAGAUAUUUUUAUGUUUCAUUUGACAUUUUAUUGAGUCAUUGAGCCAUGCAGAUUUGUAUUAGGAUUAACAACCUUGUCCAUCGUGGAUUAUGAAUGGGAGUGUUGCUUGCCAGAUUCCCCCUUUUUAAGGAACAAAACAAAAUAAAACAUGUGAAUUGAUCCCAAACUGCAUUGUACAUUGAAAAGUAAAUAUUUUAAAGGUGAACAUAAGAAGGUCCCAAAUGGAUUGCACACACAUUUUGGAUUAUUGGGUAUAUUUAAAUUUUUUUCUGUUUUUGUCAUUCUGAGACGUGAGUGUAUAAAUUCUGUGAACCAAAAUAAUUUGGACAUUUUUUUCUUAAGUGGGUUAUUUUUUUUCCCUGUCAGAGCAAGGUUUGCCACCAAAUAAAGCUUUUGAAGCCUACAGUGUUU